AUGGUGAUUGAGUUGGUGCUGGACGGCGAAGUUGUCGCAAGGCACUCCAAGAGGGCAGGCUCUACUCGUCACACUGCCGCAAAUUGUGGUCCUAGAGGGGACUCAAUCAUGUCACAUGUUUUGUCGAGAUACUGUUGCCUGAGGAUGGUUAUUAGCCCUGCGGGAUCUACGCUUGUAGCGUUUGGUUGGGACCCGACCAAGGGGUCGGACUCGAGUCGCACGGUUCUUGGGAAAUCGACUAGUUUGAUGAUGGCGAGGGUUGCAACUGUCCGAGGCGACAGAGUCACGAACCCCAGUAUUGCGGCAGAUGACCCGGAGCUAGAGCCGUCAGGUGCCGAAGAGGCCACGGCGAGUGGCCGACCGGACGAACGUUUUGCACUUAGAAGCUCACCUUACAACAGUCCUUGUUGGCAAGAUGUUUGGGUGACACCUACCCGACUGAACCAACUUGUGGUGGAUCGCAUCCGGGAAAAGAGCUUGCAUGUUCUCUUAGCCGAUGGUUUCAGGAGUACUCCUGCCUUUGAUCCCAUGCCGUCUACAAUCAUCAUCGUCUACAUCACUGGUAUCAAUGACGGGGAUGACGGCCGUAAGGAGCGUGAAGUUGACGACAGCUCUGGCGGAGAAGUGGCAGCCAGCACAAACAUGACUACCCGUUCAUCGAUUUUACGCCAGUCCGUCAACAAUCGCAACGUUUUCCGCGACGGAAGAUCAGAUGGCUUCCCUGCCGUUCCUCAGUCUGACUGCCCCUUCGCGGGGCACGCAAGUCCAAGUCAUAGUGGGGGUGGCGUCUUUGAGCCACAUCGAGGGGGUGGCGCCGAUCGCUAG